AUGAAACUAAUGGCGUCAAUCCUGCGCAGAGCCUUGCUCAAUUCAAUUUUGUUCAAAAGUCGUGGUGGUUGGUUCAACCCAGCCCGCGCCGGCCCUUCACUCAUAAAGGCCAAUAGCGCUUACAUCCCUUCUACCAUUUCACCUGUUCAAAAUACUGCUUUUCCUGCCCUUUGCCUGACGGUUGGCAUCUUGCAUCGUUGUUCCAUUGUCCAGCCCUCGGUGAUUCAGUUGGGUAAUGGUCAAACCCGCAUCGUUCGCGAUAUUCAUGUAGAGAGCUUCCAGCAAGAGGCGCAGCGUACUUUUGCUUUCUUUGCCCAUGUCUUCAACUUCAACACUGUUUCUGUCACUGCUGCUGCUGGUGUGGUAACUUAUUCCUCUAUGCAAUUGUUCAAAAACCAAAGGAAAGCCAAUCCAGAUGAUUUCUCUUUCAAACCUGUUCUGAUCUUCAAUGGUAGGCGGUCAUCACAACUGGCCUUCGAAUCCAAUAUAAGCCAGCUACAUGAGAUCGGCAUCAACAGUUAUCCUCUCUAUGAAAACGGUGAUGUCGAUCUCCCAGAAGGUUCCUUGGUGACUGUUGGCUACACUGCUCACACAUACGCUACAAAAAAUCAUUAUCGCAACAUAACAACUGGAUUAUCUUUUGAUCUUGCCUUUGUCGUUCUUAUGGCACUACCACCUCUCGCCCAAAUUCCGCGGCCUGUUCGCACUACUUUCACCUAUCCUUUUGAUGAAGAUUAUGCAUAUUCCACUCCCCGUCGCAAUGCUUCUGCUUUGCCAGCGUCACGAUUUCAGUUCAUGUCUCCUGCUACUUUGCCUAUGCAUACUCCUCAUCGCCAUAAUCAAAGAAGCUUGGUCUCUGCAUCCUCCUUUGAUGCAAAUAUGCAUCCACUAUCUGAUUGUCAACUACCACCAGCCACAUCUUCUCCUCUUCCCCUGUCCCACGAUGAUUUGUCCACCUCCCCUUAUCCCUUAAUCCAUAGUGCCCGUCCCUGCCCAGUGGCAGGUACUGCACAGGAAGCCGAACUUGAAGCAGAGCUUGACUUUGAUGAUGUUCUGUCGCUGGUACAUCCAUCAAACUACUGAUUAUCAUUGUCUAUCUCAUCAUCAUUAUGGGCCGGAAAUGGCCCGGGAUAACUCCGAGAUCCGGAGCCGAGUACUGGCCUGUAGUACACACUGGGAGUGGGACAUCGGUGAAGCUAUUAGCAACACCCUUCACACACUGUUGGUGUCCCCGGGAAUAUAAUGGCAAGGAUAUAAUGUCAAGAUGAGAAGCCUAGUGGGGUUCCUGUGAUCUGGGAGUCCGGAACAGCUCGGAAGCAAAGGUAUUAAAGAGUGGGAUAAGGUGGUACACUUGAUU